AUUCUCUGAAAAGAGAAAAAGAAGGAAUAAAAAGAAAGGAAAAGAAAGAAGAGACAAACCAGAUUCCUUGCAUAACUUCCUCGAGAAAGAGAGAAAGAGAGAGAGAGAGAGAGAGAGAGAAAGAAAAAGAGACGGAGAGAAAGUUGUUAUCGUCUUUGAUGUACUCUCACAAACGUCGAUAUAUAUUAUUAGACAUUGAUGAAUUUUAUUAGACUCGCUAAUUCUGAUGUCUACAUAUCGAUUCAGCGCCUUUGUGGCUUUCGUGCUCGUCGUAACGUGUUUCUUAAUACAAUUCGGAAAUACUCAGUACUCGUUCCAAGAUAAGCGACAGUCGCAGACGCUGCAUAAAUAUUGCGGGAAAAAUCUAUCGAAUGCACUUGGAUUGCUUUGCGACGGCGUCUACAAUUCUAUGUUCAAAAAGAACGGGCAGGAAAUGGAAAUGGACGAUUAUCCGUUUGCUUACGACGAAUCAUAUCCGUUUAGAUCGGCAGUUACAGCUAACGCAAUGAUGGGUCGUUUUGCCGGUACACGUUUCCGAAGAGAAUCUAGGGGCGUUUACGAUGAGUGCUGCGUGAAACCAUGCUCGAUUCAGGAAUUAACUAGUUAUUGCGGUCGUGUUGCGCAAUAAUCAUCGACGGUCAGUAACAUCGGUCUCUGUUUUACCAUUCUUCUCUUCGUCUACUACCAUAAAUGUGAUAAUACCGACGAUAAUACCGUAUCAGAUCUCUGCUUUACCAUUAUUCUCUUCUGUAAUACUAUAAUGUGAUAAAUGACAAUUAAUAUACAUGUAUUUGCGUGACACCUAUUGAAAGCUUUAUACACGUUUAAAUGCAUAUAAAAAUACAAGGACACCGGAUGAUCCGCAAAUAACUUCACGUAAAUAAACAACAUGCAUUUUGCGAGGAUCAAAAACAUUCGCCUACUGCUUGCCUACGAACGUUCGGCCUGAGAAAAAAACAUUAAAGAUAUAUAUGUUAGGUUAAAUCAAUGACUAACCACGUGCCUAGAUAUCUUGUGAAUUAUCGAUGAAUUACUUCGUAGAUUUCCAUAAUACAAAAAUAAACAUUGAUUUUGCGUCAAUGAAAACUGCGAUUGUUAAUCGUUUCUUGAAUGAAAUCACAUUGUUCAAAGUUAGUAUACAUACAUACAUACAUACAUACAUACAUACAUAUAUAUAUAUAUAUAUAUAUAUAUAUAUAUAUAUAUAAUCGAAGUAAUUUCAGAACGUUCGAAGUGUGCUUUUUAGCGAAUGGUUUCUUAAACUUUUAUGGUAAUAUUAACUUUACAGCCGCGAAUAUUUAACGAUACAAGUAUCCACUAAGAUUGUGUAAUUGAGAUUGAAAGUUCGAGUAAUUGGAUUUCGAUCGGAGUUGACGAGAUGUAUCGAUGAAAUAUAUUUUCAUUCUAGUUGAAGAAUCUAGGAACACGAGGAUCAUUAGGGCGCGUUCGAUCUUGCGAAUAUUGAUCGAUUACAAAUUUCGAUUCUUAAGUUUUUAUUCUUAAGAUGUGGAAUACGAAUUUGUAAAUUCGUGUAGCCGAAUACUCGGCAUUUCUUAGAUAGAAAUCUAUUGGAAAAUAAGAAACGUCCAUUGGAUACGAGCGAGGAUAGCAAAAAAAAAUUUCAAGAGAUAUAUUAUAUAUAUAUAUAUAUAUAUAUAUUAUAUAUAAAUUUAUAUAUAUAUAUAGUGAGUGUGCGUGUGCGCGUGAAUUGUGCUAUGUUUUGCAAGGAUAGUUUGCAGCAAAAAUUUGACAAAGUCAUAGCUUAUUAAAGAUCGUUUUACAUUCGUAAGAGCGAUUAUAGAUCGAUUUCUAAUAAUCUGAUUUGAAAAUUUUCAAUCAUUCUACGAUCUGAAAAAGAUCUUCGUUCAUAAUGUCGCAACGCUAUGUACUUUGAGGUUAUAUUUGGAAGCACACCUUGUUGAUACAUUUUAAUAAUGUGUAGUGUAAAAAUUCGCCGAGAUUAAAUCGUUGCAUUGUAAACAGUACCAUUGUAAUCGUCCAUGCUUGCUAUCGCAAUUGAUUUCAAUUUAUUUAUAUUUAAUCAUCAUACAAAGAUACAAAGAUGAUAAAGAGGCAACAUUACUAUACCGUCAUUAACAACUUUCGCUGAUUCAUGAAUCUCUUACACUGCAAACUAUCGCUUUCUCUUAGCUGAUCGAUCGAAUAUAUAUUGAAAAAAAAGAAAAAUAAAAAAUGAAAUGACAUGUAUUAUUUAUUAGACAUUUCCUAUUCUCCUAUUUUAUUAUAUGUUAAAAAUGUGACAAAAUUUAUAAAUGUAUUGUAAUAAAGAUAAUUUUGUAAACAUUCUGUUCCCGCGAUUUGAAGCUUUAGUAAAUAUAGUCAAUGUUGUUUUUAAUCGAUAAAUGAAUAAAAGAUAUUAACGACCAGUGGUCAUUCGACAAUUGAA